AUGGCCACCUCCACCUCCGUUCCCGUUCUCCUGCUCCUCGCCGCCGCCGCCGCCGGCCUCCUGCUCCCCAGCUCGCUGGCCUGGACGAGCAACUGUCCCCCGACCGCGCCCGGCAGUGGUGGGCACGGCCACCCGUCGUACCCAGCGCCCGGCAGUGGCUCGCCGACGUGGCCUUCCCCAGGCUCCGGCUCCAGCGGCGGCCACAGCCGCCCACCCCACCAUGGCAAGCCGCCCAAGCACCACCACGGCCCCCCGUUCAACUGCACGCCGUGCAACCCGCCGUACGUGCCUCCGACGCCUCGGGCGUCACCGCCCUACGUGCCACCGUACGUGCCUCCGACGCCUCGGCCGUCGCCGCCGUACGUGCCACCGUACGUCCCGCCGACGCCUCGCCCGUCGCCGCCCUAUGUGCCACCGUACGUCCCGCCGACGCCACGGCCGAGUCCUCCCUACGUCCCGCCGUACGUUCCACCGACGCCGCCCUACGUCCCGCCGUACGUGCCUCCGACGCCUCGGCCGUCGCCGCCGUACGUUCCACCGACGCCGCCCUACGUGCCACCGUACGUUCCGCCGACGCCACGGCCGAGUCCUCCCUACGUGCCACCGUACGUUCCACCGACGCCGCCCUGCGUCCCGCCGUACGUGCCUCCGACGCCUCGGCCGUCGCCGCCGUACGUUCCACCGACGCCGCCCUACGUGCCACCGUACGUCCCGCCGACGCCUCGCCCGUCGCCGCCCUAUGUGCCACCGUACGUCCCGCCGACGCCACGGCCGAGUCCUCCCUACGUCCCGCCGUACGUUCCACCGACGCCGCCCUACGUGCCACCGUACGUCCCGCCGACGCCACGGCCGAGUCCUCCCUACGUCCCGCCGUACGUUCCACCGACGCCGCCCUACGUCCCGCCGUACGUGCCUCCGACGCCGCCGGCGGUGCGGACGUGCCCGAUCGACACCCUGAAGCUGAACGCGUGCGUGGACGUGCUGAGCGGGCUGAUCCACCUGGUGAUCGGGCAGGAGGCCAGGUCCAAGUGCUGCCCGCUGGUGCAGGGGGUGGCGGACUUGGACGCGGCGCUGUGCCUCUGCACCACCAUCCGCGCGCGCGUGCUCAACAUCAACAUCUACCUCCCCAUCGCGCUCAACCUGCUCAUCACCUGCGGCAAGCACCCGCCGUCGGGCUUCCAGUGCCCGCCGCUCUACGACUGA